GCUAACGGCCGUCAUCACAGCUUGAGAAGGGCGUUACCAAAAUUGUAUUUACUUAAAUCAGUUUUCCAUUUCUCAUCCUCAUCGAACAACGAAAGAGGAAUUUUCUUCUUCUUCCAGGGGUUACGAAACUCAGCUCAUUAAAGUUAAUUGUGCCAGAGGCUAGUUUGUCUGAAAGAUAUCUUUUGGCAAUGGGAGAUCAUCUAGUGUUGUAUGUGGAUCGCUUUAUAACUCCUCAGUCUGUUGAAACGAUACAGAUAGGUGACUGUUCAGAUGGUUCUUCUGGAGACUCUUCCCUCACUGCUGUCCCCUCUGUUCUAGCGCCGUCAAAGGAGGAUUCUACCACUAAAAAGCACGAGGAAGGAAAUAGCAGUAGCUCUGAGGAAGAGCCACUCAUUCAGACGGUAGAAUGUAGGAUCUGCCAGGAAGAGGAUCAUAUUAAGAACCUGGAGACUCCUUGUGCUUGUAGUGGCAGUCUGAAGUAUGCUCAUAGGGCAUGUGUGCAGCGUUGGUGCAAUGAAAAAGGAGACAUAAUGUGUGAGAUUUGCCAUGAGCCAUACAAGCCAGACUAUACUGCACCUCCUCGACCUAACCCAGAUGAGACUACAAUUGAUAUUAGUGGAGGUUGGACCAUCACUGGUACUCCACUGGACUUGCGUGAUCCUCGAAUCCUUGCUAUGGCAGCGGCGCAGCGCCAUUUUCUUGAAGCUGAGUACGAUGAGUAUGCUUCUACAAAUGCCAGUGGUGCUGCAUUUUGCCGCUCAGCUGCUCUAAUUUUAAUGGCUCUUUUGCUGUUGAGGCAUGCUUUGACCAUUUCUAAUGGGGAUGGAGAUGAUGAUGCCUCUGCAUAUUUUUCUCUCUUCUUGUUGCGUGCUGCUGGAUUUCUAUUGCCAUGCUACAUCAUGGCUUGGGCCAUAAGCAUUCUGCAGCGUCGAAGGCAACGACAGGAGGCAGCAGCUCUAGCAGCAAGAGAAGUGGCUUUCAUCCUCCAGUCAGGGCAGGGAAGGGGUCUGCAGUUCACCAUUGCUCCUGAGUCCCCUACAACUCCUCAACAAGAGCCACAUGAGUAAUCCGUCGCCUUUUGUUUGAGCGUGUGUCCGCUAUGUGACACCGCUAGAGACGCCUCCUACCGUUUCCCCUUUUGUAUACAUUCUUCUGAAAUCUCACCAAGUUCAAACAUUUAUCUAUGUUGUACAUAGCUAUACUUGUGGAAGUUUUACUUGGAAAUAAAAAGUCCAUGUAUGCAUCCGUUGUGUUGAGGCGGUGCUGAAGAUGCGGUUGACGCUUGAUGAGUUUGUGUCUUUGUAAGACAUCGGUAUGUUAGUUGAGGGCAUCCUCAUUUUUUCAAUUUAAGUUGAGGUUUAUCAGGGUUCUGCGAA